AUGAGCAAGCAUCCAAUUCAGAAUUAUUAAAUUUUAAAGGUCAUUGGCAAGGUACUUAUAGUUAUUAAACAUUUUCCUAGGGAGCAUUCGCUAUAGUUUAUCAAGGUUAACAUCUAAAAACUAACGAGAUAGUUGCGAUCAAAUAAAUUAGUACAGACAUGUAAGAAGGGCCUCAUAAAAGAAAAAUGUUAGAGUUGUUUAACUAAGAAAUUCAAAUAAUGGAAUCCAUUAAACAUUAAAACAUAGUUUAGUUAAAGGAAGUACAAUUUACUUCUGAUUCAAUUAAUAUGAUACUUGAGUAUUGUGCUCUUGGUGAUUUAGAAAAGUACAUCAAAAAGAAUUCUGCAAAAAAUAGAUUGCCUGAAAGUGAAGCUAAACCAAUUAUACUAUAAUUAUUGGAUGCUAUGAAAAUAUUGCGUUUAAAAAAUGUCGUUCAUCGAGAUCUCAAACUUGCUAAUAUUCUCAUAAAUGAAUAAAUGUAAAUAAAAUUAGGAGAUUUUGGAUUUGCUAAAUCAGUUACUUCUGAUUUACUUGAAUCAUAUUGUGGAACUCCCAUUACAAUGGCUCCAGAAAUACUUAAGUAUUAAUUUUAUAAUAAUUUUAUAGGAAAUAUGAUAAUUACGAUCAUAAAUGUGAUAUUUGGUCUUUAGGCAUAAUGAUUUAUUAAAUUCUGUAUGGGUAACCACCAUUUGUAUCAAAAAAAGGAACUGUCGAAGAUCUAAUUAAUGAAAUUGAAAAAUAGAAUGUAACCAUAAAUAUUAUCAAAAUAGAUUAAUUUUCCAUAAUAAGUUGGGGUCUCUUCGGAAUGCAUUGACUUAAUACGCAAAAUGCUAGUUGAGAAUCCUAAAAAAAGAGCAUCUUUUGAAGAUAUUUUUAGACAUCCAUGGUGCCAAACAGAAGUCAUUGAUUUGAGGAAAUCAAUUCUAAAGACUUAUGUCCCACAACAUCAAGAGUUUAUCACCAAUUUAUCUUUUACAAUUUAAUAAUAAAUUACUUAGCUAAUCUCGAUAAUACGAUUGAUCUAGUCAAUUGAGAAUAUGCAUCAAGAAUUUGCUGCGAAUUGUGUCAACUUUCGAAGUGCUUUGGUAAAUGCUUUCUCAUCAAUUCAGCUAAAUAUUACUUACUCAAACUAAAAGGCUUGCAUUAAGCCAGAAAACUUCAAAUAUUUCAAUUAUUAAUAAGAAUUGCUAAUAUUUUUAGCUAAUUUAUAUGAAACAGCUAUUUAAAGUAAGAAUAAUAAUAUCCUUGAUUUUCUUGAUUUGAGUUUAUGGGAUUACUAAAUAACCAACUAUUUUUCUAUUCUAUAUGAAGAGUAUACAGUUACAUUACAAGAGGAGAUGAAAAAUAUGAAAUUAUCGGAGCAAAUAAAUAAAGGGAAGGUAUUAAUAUAAAUCGAGGACUCAAGAGGCUUAAAUAAAUUUGUAAAAUCAGAUUUAAACACUCUAAUUGAACUUAUCAAAGAUAGAUUUAAGAAUUAAUGA